UUGUCUUUUUACAUAGACUAAACUCAUUGGUUUGAGCUGUAUCUGCUGCAAGCUUACACACUUGGAAAUCAAUGGCAACCAACAACCAGAGCACAGACCAAGACACUUUCGUGCCGUUAGACGUUGAUCCCUUAUAUCAGGCUGCAGGGCGUGAUGUGUCUGACGAGUCUGCUGAGAGACCAUUCGCUCUCACGGCCGCCAUAAUCUCUGAGGAAGAGAGGAUCCGUUUUAAGUACUAUCAUCAGUUAUAUCUAGCUGCACUUAAGGGAAACUGGGAAGCUGCUAAAGGGUAUUUCCAGGAUAAUGAUCCUAAUGUAUAUACAGCAGAAAUAUCAAGUACAAGGAUGAAUGCUUUGCUUGUUGCUUCUUGUAAUGGGCAUACUAAAUUAGUUGAGAUGCUCGUAAAGCGUAUGCCUAAAGAGGCACUUGAAAAGCGUGGCCCUGGAGGCUACACGGCUCUCCAUCAUGCUGCCAUCGGCGGCCAUCUCAAGAUGGCCAAAGGCUUGAUCAGAAAAAACCCGCGAUUGACUCAAAUUACAGACAAUUCUGGGAAUACUCCACUUCUCUGUGCGGUUUUGUUGUUUUCCAGACACAAGCUGGUGCGGUACCUUGCCUCGGCAACAACAAUUGAGAAGCCUGAACGCCCCUUCAGUGGUUGUAAGGCUGGCGACCUUAUGGUUAAUCUCACUCACAUGGGAUUCCAUGAUAUAUCUCUCUAUAUAAUCCGACGUGAACCGAGCCUAGCUCUUGCGGCAAGUAGUGAGGGUGAAACUAUACUCCAAGUACUCGCUUAUGAGCCCGCACACUUUCGCAGUGGAACUAAGCUUAAUUUUUGGGAAAGAUGGAUUUAUCAAAAUUUUCCAGUACACGAUGAGGAUGACCCACUUGAAACCUCAGAUCAGGACUUGGUCGUAGAAAAACAAUCACAGACCAAUGAAGCUAAAACUCAAGUUUAUCAAGGGGUCAAAGAAGUUCUUUGGAGAAGAAGCAAAUAUUUAGUACCUUGUAUUUACAAGGUUGGAGAAAAAAAGUUGGGCCAUGAACGUGCCUGCAAGUUGGUUCAUCUUUGUUUAAAAGCUUUACUCAAUUAUAACGAACGAGAGCGGGCAAAGUAUUUCAACGAGCAGGAGAUUCUCCACUAUGCUGCCUGCUGUGGCAUCGUCGAAAUUGUGACCGCAUCUCUUCAUUAUUUUCCGGACCUGAUUUUCUCAAAACAUGGAAGAAUGAUACUAAAAAAUGCUAUUCAAUGGCGGCAAGAAAAAAUUUUCAACCUCGCAUGCAAAAGCACCGCACUUGAUAAGAUGUUGGCUACCCAGUGUUACAAGCCUUCCAUCUCACAUUUAGCAGCAGAGCUACCGACGAAUCGUCAACUCUCCGUUGAUUCUUGUGCAGCUUUGCAAAUGCAGAGAGAGGUGCAAUGGUAUAAGGCGAUAGAGAGUAUUCAGCAUCCAAGAAUGAAGCAGUUGACAUCGGCGAAAGGGAAAACGGCUUUUGAUUGUUUCUCGGAAAACCGCAAACAAAUGCGCGAGAAUGCAGAGAAAUGGAUGAAGGAUACCUCAGAUUCCUGUAUGCUUGUUUCUACUCUCAUUGCUACCGUGGCGUUUGCUGUAGCUUUUACAGUUCCUGGAGGAAACAAUGAACAAGGAAUUCCGAUUUUCCUCAACAAGACAUCAUUUAGGGUAUUUGUCUAUUCGGAUGCACUAGCACUGUUUUCAUCAGUCACUUCCAUCCUGAUGUUCCUAUCUAUCCUAACUUCAAGUUACAAAGAGGAAGACUUCCACAGGGCAUUGCCCAAGAGGAUGAUAAUCGGUCUCGCCUCCCUCUUCUUCGCCAUUGCCACCAUGAUGGUAGCUUUUGGAGCAGCUCUCGCAAUUGUACUAAGUGAGAGGCUCAAAUGGGUUUGGGGUCCAAUUAUUUUCUCGGCAUCAUUUCCGGCGACUCUGUUCAUCAUGCUGCAGCUUCCGUUGUUCAUUGAAAUGGUUCAAUCAACAUAUGGAAGCAUCUUUCAACGUGAAAAAAUAUGGAAACUGAGUGGGCAUCGAGAUGCAGCUGACCCUCUCUAUUAGCCUGAAAAUGGUUAGUGUGUACAAAUAAAUGGCUUGGAAGAUGAUUAUGAAGUCGCCAUAAAAUUAUAAAAGUUGUACUUGUUCUUUGGUGGUGUAAGUUGUGACUUCCUUUGCUUGCUUUGAUAUGCAAUGAUGAUCUUUCACC